AUGAUUGACGUUAAACCCACACUAAAUGACUACCAAGUCAUGCAGUUUAUCCACAACGGUUAUAUCACAUUAGAAAGCAUCAUUGAUGCCGACUUUAACCGAGAAUGUGAAUCGGUGGAAGGCGGACAUCUCAACGAUUUCGUUCUUACAGACGAGUUUCGCCGGAACGUCCUAUUACACCCGGAAGUCGCUGGUGUAGUCCGUUCACUGUUAGGCGAGAAUUUCCUCGUGCCGACAAGUGCGCACCAUCACCUUUUUGAAGCCACACAUCUCGGUCAGACAUGGCACUCCGAUGGAAUCACGGAAUACGGGUACGGUAUCACGCAUCUCCAGUGCUACUAUUAUCCGAAAGAGGUGAAGAUUGAGGAUGGACCAACGAUGAUAUUGCCCGGUUCCCACCAUCGACUUGUGGAUAGGGAAGCGAUCGCCCAUUAUGGCGACAUCCUCGGACAACUCUCCCUCACCGUUCCAGCAGGCACCGUCGCUAUGACACGCUACGGCAUCUGGCAUAAAGCAGGUCCAAAACUCAAUGCCGAUAGACGCGGAAUGAUUAAAGUUCUCCUAUUACCGAAUGGCGAUGCCCAAACGGGAUUGGGUGCGAGACUCCGAUGA